GCACUCUCUAGCUUCCUCACAAUCUCUUGUUUUUUUUUUCAUUUUGAUCCUCUUCAAGCUGUCCCCAAAACCGCUUCUGUCUGAUACCUUUUAUUGUUCAACUUAGUUUCUUCCAUAACUGAGAGCUAGAAUCGUCUCAACAAUGGAGAACUUGUUUCGUCUUGCAGAUCAUGAGAAUUUCUUCUCUCGUCCAAGCAUUUGGAUUAACGGUCCGGUCAUAGUCGGUGCCGGGCCAUCAGGACUAGCCACAGCUGCUUGCCUCAGAGAACAAGGAGUAUCCUUUGUAGUCCUUGAAAGGGCUGAGUGCAUAGCAUCCUUGUGGCAAAAGCGCACCUAUGACAGGCUAAAGCUUCACCUUCCCAAGCAAUUUUGCCAGCUCCCUAAGCUUCCUUUCCCACAAGACUUCCCUGAAUACCCAACAAAGAAACAGUUCAUAAACUAUCUUGAAUCCUAUGCUAAGCACUUUGAGAUCAACCCACAAUUCAACGAGUGCGUUCAGUCCGCUAGGUACGAUGAGACUAGCGGACUUUGGCGGGUCAAGACUGUUUCAACAAGCGCUGCUUCGACUCGCACUGAAGUCGAAUACAUUAGCCUGUGGCUUGUGGUGGCCACAGGCGAAAAUGCCGAGUGUGUGAUGCCUGAUAUUGAAGGACUAGCCGAGUUUGAAGGCGACGCUAUGCACGUUUCUGAGUACAAGUCCGGCGAGAAGUUCGGGGGGAAGAAAGUAUUAGUCGUGGGGUGUGGCAAUUCAGGCAUGGAAAUUUCACUUGAUCUUUGCAACCACAAUGCCUCGCCAUCUUUGGUUUGUCGUAGCUCGGUCCAUGUCUUGCCAAGAGAAAUCUUUGGAAAAUCUACGUUUGAGUUGGCAGUUUCAAUGAUGAAAUGGCUACCCCUUUGGUUGGUUGACAAGCUAUUGUUGAUUUUGGCGUGGUUGGUGCUAGGAAACAUUGAAAAAUAUGGGCUAAAAAGGCCGGAGGUUGGUCCAAUGAAGUAUAAGAACACAAUGGGGAAGACCCCUGUCUUGGACAUUGGCGCAUUGGAGAAAAUCAGAUCCGGGGACAUUAAGGUAGUCCCUGGAAUCAAGAGGUUUCUACCCGGACAAGUAGUCGAGCUUGUUAAUGGCGAAAAGCUUGACAUUGAUUCAGUUGUUCUGGCUACUGGAUACCGCAGCAACGUCCCUUCUUGGCUUAAGGAAGGUGAAUUCUUCUCCAAGAAUGGGUUUCCAAAGUCACCAUUCCCAAAUGGAUGGAAAGGAAAUUCUGGGCUGUAUGCAGUUGGGUUCACAAGGAGAGGGCUCUCUGGUGCAUCCUCAGAUGCCGUGAGAAUAGCACAAGACAUUGGUCAGGUAUGGAAAGUGGAAACCAAGCAAAAGAAGCGAACCAUCGCUUGCCAUAGACGAUGCAUUUCCCAGUUCUAAAAAAACUCAAAAAUUCCUAUGUUAACCAUCCAUUUGUUAGUGAGAUUCUUGCAGUGUAUAAAAGUACUGACUUUGUAUAAACACACAAAGAAAGAGACAAACGGCAGACU